AUGCCCUCCUCCAAGCAGAUUCUAGCAGUGGUCUUGACCUUCUGGGCUCUUGGCCCCCGCGUAGCAGCUGUUCCUCAGUAUCCAGGAAUCCUUGCAGGAAAUCCUGGGUCUCUCUCCACAACAGGAACCAAAUCUUCCAGUUCUGUGUCUGCAUCUCAAGGAGGGAACUCCACCUCGAGCACGCCCGUUUCCUCUUCUGAAAGUGUCGUGCAUCCAUCUCACUCAGCCACACCGAGUGCCAUACCUGCAUAUGGAGACGGAGACCAUGAAGAUGCUCGUCCAAUCCACCCAUUCCCCCCAGUUAUCUCACUGACGGCUACACUCACGUCGUCCGAGACUGUUCACAUCCCCCUUGGAGUGGUGCCUUCCGCCUCUGAGCCUGUUAUACCUCCACCACACCCAUUCCCCUCCGUGCCUCACGACGGCGUCCCGGAAACACCUACACCUCAUGACGGUACUCCCGAGCAUAUCCCACGUCCUCCUCUCUCCAGCAGCAGCAGUAUUCACGUUACCUCGUCAGGAGGCGUCGUGCACCCCACUCACUCCCUCCCGGUUUCAGAGCCUAGCAAGAUUGCAUCUCCCGAUAGCAGUUCGGCGAAGAUCCUGCCCGAGCCCACGCCUUGGCCGAAAGAAAGCGAGCCUGCAUGCCCAUCUGUGCAGUGUCCACCCUGUCCCUCAGUCCACACGGUCACAGUAACCGUGAGCGGCUCCAGCUCCAGCUCCAGCAGCAGCAGCAGCAGCAGCAGCAGCAGCCGAACUACAGUGCACAUCCUCACCCCAAGACAUGCAUUAAUCAACCACGGCAGCGGUGUCCUACCAGCCAGCUUCACUCGAAGCGCGACUCCAAGCGCGGCUCCCAACACCUACCACGACGAAGUGGAGGCCGAAGAGGAGGAGGAAGAGGAAGAAGAAGACAUCCUGAUCUGCGUUCUCCCCGAAGACCUCCCCAUCUGUAUCCCGGCAUCCUCCUCCACUGCGCCAGUACAGCCCCCGCCGAGCAGCGGGAUAAUCUCCAUCCUCUCCAUCGCAAGCCAAGGCAUUAUCCCUGGGUUCCAUCCCAGCCCUGGUGUCACAAGUGGUGGCGGCGGUAUCGAAACAAAAACCCCGCGACCAACACGCACAAUCACCACACGCACGCGCACUCGCACUCGCACUCGCACUCGCAGCCGCACCAUUCGACCGUCACGGACAACCCUAUCGAAGAUCCCAUCAUCCAGCAGCAGCAGCAGCAGCAGCAGCAUCAUCCCCAUCCAUGCAUUUCCCAUCCCGGGCCCCGGUUCCGCGCCAAUCCCUACCUCCCUUCCCCGUCCACCACCCGCAACCUUCCCGAUUCCCACCUCCUUCCCCAUCCCCCCUACUUCUCUCCCUUUCCUUCACCCUCCACUUCCCACAACAAUGCCCAUCCCCUUCCCCAUGCCCCAUUUCCCACCCGAAAUCGAGCAAGACGAAGAAGAAGAGCCAUCUGAGUCGUCAUCACAUGCACCACCGCAUCCCCCGGCCCCUCCUCCUUCACCGUCCUCUUCUUCCACUCAAACGCCCACACACAUCUCCUCCACCACCGUAACGGGAUCAUUCUUCGCCCCGUCACCUUCUUCUUCCCGGGCGUCACCAUCAUCAUCGUCGUCGUCGUCGUCAUCCCGUCCCUCACAGCCACCACCACACCCGCCUGCUCCAGCUCCAGCUCCAGCAGCACCAGCGGGACACCUAGCCGCACGCCACCACGAGUUCCGAUUCCCCGUGAUUCGGCGGGACCUUGGCGACGUCUUGGUAUGA